AUGUGUGCAUACUCGCCAGUUUUUAUUGACAGGGAUCGAGCCUUGGCUCCAGGACAUGCCUCUGAGCUUCCUUGUUGUAUUUCCUCAUUCCUAAUUUUAUACCUAUGUGUAGUGUAUAUUACCACCAGUUGCACAUCCAUUUCAUUCCACUCUCCUACUGUCACUGCAGUUAAAAAGCUUCACCCAACAUCCUCGUGAAUGAUCAGUGUUUUCAAUUCCUACGUCUCCUUGUUCUUGGUCUUGGCAUUGCAAAGAAUCAGUUCUCAUCACCUUAUAACUUUUGUUAGUGUUCUCUGUUUUAUAAUGAUAUAUCCUAUUGUCUUGUCGUCUUCCAGGAACUAGACAAGUUGCAAAUCUUGCUACCUUUUUGUAUGAACUCUCAUGUGUUGUAAGAUUACUUCUUGUGCUAAAAGUUUCCAGAUAAUCUGAACACUGAUACAAUUUUCUAGUGUGCAUUAUAAGAUGGUGUUUUUGGCUAAAAGUUUAGAACACUGUAAAGAUUGAUUUGAUUUAUCUCCCACAUGAACACUUAUGUAUAAUACAAGAUGACCUUUCUGGCUAAAACAUUUCAGAUAAUUGUAUACACCGAAAACUAAUAUACAGACAGUACCUUACUUAUGAACAUUCGAGACAUAUGAACAGUCUGCCACCUCAAGUUUAUUGUACCAAUUAAGAAGCACAAUGCAGAAGUAUAUGAAAACAUGGCAGAAGCUGUCACAGAGAUUCAUCAUAACUCCAUCCACAAUACUCCUGACUAAAAUGAACAAUCAAAGACAAUGUCACAGCUUGCCGUCUGCAAACUUGAAAGAGAAUAAAUGCACUUCACAUGAUGGUCCAUUGUCUGGUGUCAGAAUUAUUGACCUGACGAGAAUACUUGCCGGCCCUUUUGCAGCUAUGCUGCUUAGUGAUCUUGGAGCAGAGAUAAUAAAGGUGGAGCGUCCCAAUAAAGGAGAUGAAACUCGGAGUUGGGGUCCACCUUUUUUGGGAUCAGAGAGCUGUUACUUCCUUAGUGUGAACCGCAAUAAGAAAAGUAUUGCUGUUGACCUCAAACACCCAAAGGGAGCAUCUCUUUUGCAGGAUCUAGCCAAGUGCAGUGAUGUUUUAAUUGAAAACUUUAUACCUGGGGCUCUUGACCGUUUAGGACUAGGGUAUGAUAACCUAAAGGAGGUUGCACCUCAUUUGGUAUAUUGUACUAUUUCUGGGUAUGGUUCCUCCGGUCCAUACCAAAACAGACCUGGUUAUGAUGUCAUGGCAGCCUCUAUUGCUGGCCUCCUUUGGUCUACUGGCCCAGAGGAAGGAGAACCAUGUAAGGUUGGAGUUGCCAUGACUGAUUUAGCAACUGGGUUGUAUGCACAUGGUGCAGUAAUGGCAGCAUUACUUGACAGACAAAAAACAGGAUGUGGACAAAAAAUUGAUUGCAGUUUACUGGCUACUCAAAUAUCAUGUAUGGUGAAUUUAGCAUCAAACUUUUUGAAUGGAGGAAAAGAGGCAAAGAAGUGGGGAACUGCUCAUGAGAGUAUAGUGCCAUAUCAAGCUUUUCCAACAAAUGAUGGUUGUCUUAUAGUUGGUGCUCUGAGUAAUGAUCAGUUUACAACAUUGUGCCAAGUUAUUGGUCUUGAAAAUCUUUUACUAGAUGAACGCUACUCUACAAAUGCUCUUAGAGUUAAAAAUCGAGAAACACUUAUUGUUGCACUUAAAAAUGUUUUUCAGCAAAAAUCUACUCAGGAAUGGCUGUCCAUUCUUGAAGGUUAUUCCUUGCCCUAUGCGCCGAUCAAUUCGCUGUCCCAGGCCUUUUCCGAUCCACAAGUAAUCCAUGAUAAGAUGGUACAAACAGUUGAUCAUCCAACUGCAGGGAAAAUUAAGCAGGUAGCACCAGCAGUAUCAUUUAGCACCUCUCAGAAUAAAAUCAGGAUGGCCCCGCCUCUUCUUGGGCAACAUACACGAUAUGUGCUUUCAAAUAUUCUAAAGUAUUCAGAAGAACAGAUUCAAGAACUCAAAAAGCAUAGUGUAAUACAUGAUGUAUAAUAGAUUCUGUACUUUAUCUCUGAUGUCUUGCUCCCUUUGUAAGCCUCAAUUUAAAUGACUUAUUUGUUAAAAAAAAAAAAACACUAGACCGUCAUUUAACACGAGUUUAUUUGGCAAGUUUUGGUUAUAGCACAGUUGAAAAAUUGCGAAGCAGUUUUAUACAACACUUCUUAAAAUUAACUUAACACAGUUCAGUCUGUGGGAGGGGAAAAAAAUUUGAGUGUUGUCGCCAUCCCCCACCACCCUCCGCCACAGCAGCAAAGGAUCGCUUCACCUUACCCCUUUGUGCUAAUGCAUCAGGUGAUUUCAGGUGUAAGCCCAUGAUUAUUUACUGUUCUAAGAAUCCUCAUGCUUUGAAAGGUGUAAAUUAAAACACCUUACCAGUAAUUUGGAGAUCAAACCAGUCAGCAUGGAUGACAGAGGAAAUAUAUAUUGACUGGUUUAAGUAUCACUUUAUUCCUGAAGUCAAGUUUUACCUGUGCAGCAGAAACCUUGCAUUCAAGACUUUCUUCAUUCUUGAUAAUUCCCAUACUCAUCCACAGGCUUUGCUGGAUGUGACCCCACAUAUAAAAGAUGUAUUUUUACCUUCAGAUACAACACCCCUAAUUCAACCACUGGAUCGAGGAGUUAUAAAGUCAUUCAAGUGUAACUACACAAAAAAGUUAUGAAAAAACUAGUUGCAUCAUUGGGCUGACUCCAACUUGGCAGUACCAAGCCUCUGGAAUAAAUUUAACAUUUCAGAUGCCAUCAGCUAUGCUAGAAGUGCAUGGAAUGAAGUGCCCCAAUCAACAUUAAAUGCAGGCUGGGGAAAGUAAUGGCCUUCUGUAGUUAAUUCUUUGAGUAGUUUU